AUGCUUUCAUCUCCGUUCCCUCGGCUAGCCGCGGGGGGGUUAGCAUUAGCUUCAUCCUCGUGUGACUUUUCUCCAAAGUCAUUCUCUGCAGUUCCAAAUGCACAAUGGCCACAGCCACGCAGCUCUGUGGCUCAAAGAGGAAAUGUUUAUAACAACUUGCAGCCCUCGAUAAGCGGAGCGAGUUUUCACGGUGAACAUGAAUAUGGUGUUAUGUCCAUAAAAAAUAAUCACACCCGUCGAAACUUUGUCCUGCUUGUAACCUUGGGGGCCAGCAAUAGUGAAAACUCGACCGAACCAGUGGACCUGAGAGACACGUCGCCAGUCAAGCUAAAGCCUGCUAAUGCUACAACUCAGCUACAACUCACCGGCCGCCAUUUUGAGUCCAUAACCAGUCACAAGAGUAAAGCCACAAAGGCAGUGAUAAAGUGA